AUGAAUGAAUUUACUCCGAGAUAUUUGAUGUCAGAGCUAAAUGAUAAUUCAACUCUCUUCAUGAAACGCGUAAAAAAUAGAGACGGAACGAAAGAAGAAAGGUUUAUGAGUCCGGAUGACUUAGAUAGGGAACUUGUUAAAAACGGUCUCGGAAUAUAUGAAAUGCCAGCAGAUGAGGUACAAGAAACUCAACAGGAAGAAGUUCAGAUACAACCAGACAUGGAAGAAAUAGUUCAGCAACAACAGCUAGAAGAGCCUGAAGGAAACGAACAAGUCCCUCCUUUGGAAACUAACUUCACAGAACUAGAUGAAGAUUUGGAACAGCUGAAAAAUCUUGACCCUCAACAAGAGUAUGAGGUGAAUAUGGAAUCUUUCCAAGAGUCUAAGAAAAAUUCGGCUGACAUAGUAGAAGAAUAUCGAAAAAUGUUCACCGACAUACAAAAGACUCCAACAUCAGAUGAAAAUAUUCAGCAUAGAAUGGAAGUACUGAAAGAAAAUGUACGCAAAUACAAUAAUCCUUUUUACUUACGACCAUAUAACGUUCAAUCUUUGGCUGAACUCGGUGAAAAUAAAAGGUUAAAUUUCAACAAAACAUAUAGAAAUGAAACAUUGUUUAAAGUUCAUUCAGAACCUAACCAAUAUGGAAACAAACCUACUUUUGUUUCUGCAGACUAUGGAACUACAAUGAAAUGGGGUCAUAAAGCUAAUCCGGAUAGGUGGUUCAUAAACUUACAACCUCAAUUCCAAGAAGUUGUAGACGCAAUGGAAGUGAAUGGUGAACCAGAUAUAACGGGUAUUUUCAGCGCGGCUUUAAUGCCAUUGAAAGAUAUGAAAGAUGCAGAUAUUUUGGACCAGUAUGAAAUGAACAUGGCUGAGGGAAAUAUAACACCUGACGUUCUAGAACAUUUAUCUCAAAGAACUACACAGAACCAUAGAGAUGGUAUAUUUGGUGAAGAGUUUAGAAAGAAAGUUAGGGAGAGAGAAGGAAGAGAACCUAUUGUACAUGACCUUGCAAACGAAAGUUUGCAAAAUGUCAUAAAAACUUACUUUGCAGACAAUGAAAUGAGAAGGGAUGAAUAUUUAAGAAAACUCAAAUGGACAGUACCAAAUGAAAUGUUAGUAUUGAAAAACAUGUUCCAUGACAAAAUAAAACCAACUACAGAAAUAAAUGACGCAAGACUGAAACGUUGGGUAAAAG